GUACUAAAAGUAAACGGGAUAAAGUUUAAUUUGUCCACUUGGUAUAAACAAAUCAUCCUACUACUUAAACAAUAUAUUUACCAACAUAGUACUUUCCAUUUUUAAAUAUAAAGUAAAUAUACACGAAUAUUUUUGUAUAUCUUUGACUUAUCAUCGCCAAUCAGCGUCUCCUUUUGCAACCCAAAAUAUUAUCCGAUGAAUUGAUCUGCUCGAGAUUUUUUCCUCUUUUCCUGCAUUUCUAUAAAUUAAAAGACAAAAUCAAGAAACAUAGAAACAAAAAAUAUUCAGACAGUAAUGAGAACUGGAUAAGGUCGAGAUAUGGUGUAAUAGCGACCACCGAACUUUCGGUACAACGACAUAAUCUGAUUUAAACGGAGACAGUAACCCGUAACGUCCGGCAAAGGUCCGAAAAUAACCAAUAUCUAUCCGCCAGGUCAACAAGACCGUCAUAGUCUCCGUUAGCGUUUCCAUAUCUAGAACAUGUGCGUCUACUCGUAGCCUCAUAAUACGUAUAAAGAUACGUAUUUCAAUAGCAUUUAAUACGACAUUUGUCAUUAUAAAUGUUAAUAAGAACUGAUCCUUUCUCCAUCUUUAUUCCAUUUUUCUCGAUCGGUGGUGUUUGAGCUUUGAGCCAAGAGAUCGUAUCAGGAGAAAAAGAUAGAAAGGUUAGAUGGAGGUCAUGGUUGGUUCUCCGUUUGGAAUCGGCAUGGCGGCGUGCGUUAGAGACCGGACCGGUGUCUCGGCGCAGGAUAAGACCGUACCGGCGGCGGCUCUGUUUUCGGCGGAUGAAUCGGGACGAGGCGGAUCGCAGAUCGGGCUUGCUAGACGGAUCGGAUUAAGGAUGAAUAAAAGAUCGCCGGAGGAAUCAUCGGAGGAUAGUUCAUCGUCGAUCGGAGAGUGCAGCGAAAACGAGGAGGAAGAAGAAGACGACGCCGUUUCAUUCCAGAGAGGAGGAGGAGGAACACUUGUUUCGUUCACUUCCUCUUUAGAAGACUCUCUGCCGAUUAAGAGAGGAUUAUCAAACCAUUACGUAGGGAAAUCGAAAUCUUUUGGGAACUUAAUGGAAUCGACGAACAUCAACGCAAAAGAUCUUGAGAAAGGAGAGAAUCCAUUCAACAAGAGGAGGAGAUUGCUUAUUGCUAAUAAGCUGAGGAGUAGAGGAAGAUCCAUGUCAGUUUCGAAUUUUUAUUCUUGGCAAAACCCUAAUUCUAUGUCGUUACUUGCAGUCCAAGAACACAAUGAAGUGAAUCAUCAUAAUGAUGAUGACUAUGAGGAAAAUGAAGGUGGUGAUCAUCAAACUAUGAAGUUGUUGGAGAAGAGGAAUAUGUUGAUGAAAAAUAAGAGAGAUUUGAUGGCUCAGACUCAAAGUUGUUUCUGUCUUAGUAGUUUGCAAGAAGAUGAUGAUGAGGGUGGAGUUGAUAAUGAGUGAUUAAUCGGUAACAUGGUUUAGUGAUACUUGUUCUUCUCUUGUGAAUUUGAUUAGAGUAAGUUUCAGUUGUCACACAAGUGGUCGAAGAUUUGAUCUGUUAGAAUAUUAUUAUUUAUUAGUAGACUUUUUCCUAUCUACAAAGGACAUUUUCUUCUUCA